UAUAUACAACUAUUAGCACUGUGUUUAAGGUUAAAGUUGUAAUACAGUAUAAUAGACUAUACAGUACUGUAUAAUACAUGAAGUAAUAAAUAAUAAAAAUAAAAUGUAUUUCACUAUUGAAUUGUUGAAUCAAAUAAUACAUUAAAUUUAUAUAUGAAUAGCAAGUAUGAUAUAUAACGUCAUACAAUAUACUGUCAAUACAUAUAAUACUAAACUAUUAAUGUUUUUUUUUGUUUGAUACUUACUGUUGAAAUAAAAACAAAAUCUGUGCAAUAAUUUUAUUAUAAAUUUUUAUUAUCAUUAAUAUUAUCACAACAAUAAUACAACAAAAUUGCUGUCAACACACACAACACUACAGUAGUGAUUGCACCUAUCAUUUGCAUAGUUUGGAUAGUCAUCGGAAACAAUGACUGCCAGACACCAGAAUAAUAAUAAUAAUAAUAAUAAUAACAAUCAGAGCUCAGGUAUUAAUGUCGACUUUCCGUCGCUGAACAUUGAUUUCAAUUCAAUUGGCGAAUCAUUGAAUCCAAGAAAAUUGGUCAACAAUUUUGAACAAUUUAUGGCAUCGGCAACGGGUGGUGGCGUCAGCGGCGGUGGCGGUAAUUGCCAACAACAACAACAGCAGCAGACAAAUCGUGUCAAAGACAUCGCAUGCCAGAGCUGUGGCGUCAAGUUUACAGUCUUCAAGAGAAAGCGGACGUGCUUUGACUGUAAUAUGGAUUUUUGCAGUCAAUGUCUGAACAAAGAGUCGGCCGCUGAUCGUAAAAAUCAUUGCAAAAGAUGUGUCGUUUUCAAUGCCAUACCAAUGGACAGGAAUGCGUUGAAUGGCUUAAGAGUUCGCGAUCUGAAAUGGUUUUUAGCCUCAAGACGUGUACAGCCGCAGAUGUGUAACGAAAAGCGAGAACUCGUGGAUCUAAUACUUCAAAGAUUUUCGCCUCAAUCAGCAAAUACCUCAGAAACCAACGAUUAUUUAAGACGUUUCGAUAAUCAUAGAUCCGGUGGUGAUAGCAGAGAUGAUACUACUACUAAUAAUAAUAUAAAUCAAAGUCAUAAUCAGCCGCAAACACGACAACCGGAUAUGGUCUUACCCGAUGGCCAUCAGUCGACUGAUUCGGGUGAUAGUUAUAGCAAUCCUCUCCCGACGAGCAGUGAAUCAAAUAGUGAUACUAAUAAUGAACCGAACGUUUCUAAUGGUAAAUCAGAGUCAAUAGCGGACAAUCCAAAUAGUUAUUUCAAUAUCGAUGACAUCAAAAGUAUGGAUCAACUUAAAGACUUGAGUGUUAAACAACUAAAGUUGAUUUUGACCCGAAAUUUCAUCGAUUAUAAGGGUUGUGUCGAAAAGGAAGAACUGUUCAAUAAAGUUGAACGUCUUUGGAAUGAUAGACAACAGACUAAUUCUCAAAAUGUCGAUGACAUUCCCGAUGAUAAUCUCUGUAAGAUUUGCAUGGAAUUGGCCAUUGAUUGUGUGCUUUUAGAAUGUGGACACAUGAUCUCGUGUACAAACUGUGGUAAACGGCUCAGCGAGUGUCCAAUUUGUCGACAAUAUGUCAGUCGAGUGGUUCAUAUUUUUAAAUCUUAACCAUUAUCGUAAUUUUAUUUUUAAUAAUUAUUUUCAACUACCAAUUUAGUCAAACAAAUACAUUAUAUUACAAAACAAAAUACAUUAUCAAACAAAAUGUUCAAAAAAUAAUAUGAUAUCUUAUUUUUAUGUGUAUAAAAUGCGCCAUUUUAUAUUGGUAAAUUAUAUCAACGAUAAUUUAUCAAUAUAUACAGUAUAUAGAUAUUAUUUUUAAUAUAUUGAAGA